UUACCUUUCAGUCACCACUUUGCAUUAUCUGUGAUUACCUACGCUGGAUUCAUGAUAUCAAUAAUAUGCCUCAUACUCUGCUUAAUGACGUUCUGUGGGUUCAAGAAUUUGCAGUGUGAUCGAAACACUAUUCACAAGAAUCUUUGUUUUUGUCUACUGGUGGCAGAAGUGUUGUUCAUGGCUGGUAUUGAUAAGACUGAAAAACUGUUGCCAUGUACCAUCAUUGCAGCAUGUCUGCAUUAUUUCUUUCUGGCGGCGUUUGCAUGGAUGAGUUUGGAAGGAAUUCAAUUGUAUGUCAUGUUAGUAGAAGUCUUUGAAGCCGAGCAUUCAAGAAGAAAGUAUUACUAUCCAUAUGGAUAUGAUUAA